AUGGAUGGUAGGGAGAAUACUGAAGAGAGAAGUGCUGCUGACUCUAAUCUAAUUAAUGGAGAAUUUGCAAAAUUAGGUAUUGAUGAUGAGACAAAGUGUGCAAGUGAAGACACAGAUGGUGUAAAUCUUGAGACUCAGAUUUCAUCAAUUUUCUUCAAGCUAUAUGCCAAGAAACUUGACAGAGUCCACAUACAUGAACUAUCUGACAAAGCAGAUUCACACAUUAAGGAAUUAUCUGACAAAGUAAAUUAUAAUAUCAAGGAGCUAUCUGGCAAACUUGAGUCUAAAAGUAAUGAAUUCUCUGUCAAGGUAGAAAAUACUAUACAAGAAUUAAAACUAGAGAUAAUUGAACACAUCAAACAGGAAAUAGAAGCUAAAUUAACUAACAUUGCAAGUACUUGGACCCAGGUGCCUCAGGAGUUGAAGGAUGAGUUCAAUAACCAUUGUGAUUUAGUUCACAAGGAGGUAAAAGAGCAAUUCAAAGAAUUAGAUGGUAAAAUUAACGAAGUAGGUCUUUUUACCAUUAGAGAGUUCAGUCAGGUUAAAGAACAAAUCUCAGAGGUGAAGAAGCAUAUAACUGCUUUAGAACAAUGCAAGGAAUUUAGAGAAAUCAUUAACACACCUGAAACUAUUAAUUUGGAGGAACAAUUACACAAAUUUGUAAAUUAUACCAUACAAGAGAAAGUAGAACUGCCUAAUACCAACUCUCUUUCUAAGGGAACUGCUGAAGAACAUGAAAAAGCAGACAUAAAUAAUACAGCAUGUUAUCAAGUAGUUCAUUAA